CGCAGUCCCGCCCACAGUAACUGAGGGGUUUACUUGAGAUGUUCUCAUUUCUCUUGCUUUUAAAAGCCAGGCUCUGCUCUGGUGUUCCUGGGAAGAAAUGCAGGACAGCUUUCUAUGGGACCGCCAGUCUUGUGGGUGGAUGCCUCUUAAUUACCAAGAUGGAGUCCUCAAGCUUUGAAUUUCUCGCAGGUAGCAUGUGUGGUAAGAUCUGGUGGAAAGACUAUCUCCCAAUUGGACAGCGGAUGCCUGGGACUCGUUUCAUUGCUUUCAAAGUUCCUUUGAAAAAGAGUUUUGAAGGAAAACUUGCUCCAGAAGAACGUUUUUCCCCAUUGGAUCUUUUUAACAGAAUCCAGGAACAGAAUGAAGAACUUGGACUGAUUAUUGAUUUAACAUAUACUCACCGCUAUUACAAACCAGAAGACUUACCAGAAACUAUUCCUUACUUAAAAAUUUUUACAGUUGGGCAUCAGGUACCUGAUGAUGAAACUAUCUUAAAAUUCAAAAGUGCUGUUAAUGGAUUUUUGAAAGAAAAUAAAGAUAAUGACAAACUUAUUGGUGUUCACUGUACCCAUGGUUUAAACAGGACUGGUUACCUCAUCUGCAGAUAUCUGAUUGAUGUAGAAGGCAUGAGGCCAGAUGAUGCAAUCGAAUUAUUUAAUAGGUGUCGGGGACAUUGCUUAGAAAGACAAAACUACAUUGAAGACCUUCAGAAGGGCCCUGUCAGAAAGAAUUGGGAUUCCAGUGUGUCCAGAUCGAGUGGUUUUGAAAAUUCAACACGUAUGAUGGAGCCCAUCUAUACCAGAAACAGGCCUGUUAAACGAGGACCUGCAUAUAACCUGCAUUGGAACCAAGGUUACCCGUUAGCUUCUCAGCAUUUUCACACCCACACCCAAGAUUUGCAACAGUCAGUCAGAUUUUGUUUUAAGGACAUUUUCACAGAAUCAGAAUAUUCACCGGAGAAAUUACAUUCCUCCUCCUGGUCCCCCUGGAGAGGACUAUUCACAAAGUCGGUACUCUUGGAAUGCAAAGCGAGAUGCCAAUCAAACCUCACAGAAGAGAAGGUGGUAUUCUGCCAGUUAUGGACGAUCCUAUCCCACUUAUGGAUGGACUGAGUAACAAAACCUACCCUGGAAAUCUGGAGGAAAAGCAGGACUGAAGACAAUUGGAGUGAUUUUUUUUUUUUAUAAGAUCAGGUUAAAUAAGCAUAUCUAUUUAACUGAUCCUUUAUGUGUUCAAGCUUUAAGAAAAAUUAUAUUGAAACCUCUUUACUGACAAAUUUACAGUAUUUGCAGCCAGAAGUGAAGGAAAUAACUGGUUGUUCCAGUUUUAAAAUUUUUAAGGAAGAUAUUUUAAGAACUGAUCAAGUAAUGUUUCCCAUGUAAAUUAUUUUUUAAAAUUCUGUCUUUUUUGUGUAUUUCCUUUUGGCUAUAACUGGUGAUAUAACUAUGCUUACAGAAAUUUUUAUUGUGUUUGUCAAGUUCAAAUAUUGAUCCAGUCAUUAAUAUUUCUUUCUUCCUAGCUGCACAAAAUUUCUAUUAAAACCCACUUAAAAG